UUGACUUCAGUGCAGAGCAGGACCUCCGAGGAAAACCGGAGAGUGAACCGGGCUCUUCCUUUAUUUCUGCUCCCUUUUCUUUCAGUUUUUGGGUUUGACAGCUGGUUUAGUUUUGGCUCGUCUGUGCGCCUCGUCUGGACCGAGUUGGAGCCCUGCAAAAAAAAAGACACAAACAUGGAGAUAGAGAAGGAAGUGAAGAAGAUGACCCUCGGCCACGAGUUCGGCGCUGGAGCGUCCUGUUUGAAAUGCAAGGACAAGUGUGAGGGCUUCGAGCUGCAUUUCUGGAGGAAGAUCUGCAGGAACUGUAAGUGUGGCCUGACGGAGCACAACGUGCAGAUGAUCUCUGAGGAGAACAAGAAGGUGGGGAAGCUGUUCGAGGACACCAAGUACACCGGCCUCAUCGCCAAGCUGAAGACGGACGGCAUCCCCAGUUACCGCGGCAACAUGGUGACCAUCUCCAUGCCCAGCACCGGCACCGCUUACAUCGUACCGCCCACUGGUUCCUCUUCUUCUGUGGUGCCUCCUCCUGCCACAGCUGGUUCUGUGCAUCCUGCAGGAGGCGCUGCAGGAUCAGCAGCUCGGCCUCAGCCUGCAGCUGCCAGCCUCACGCCUCUGAAGGCUAACAGAGUGCCGGUGACCGUCAGCGUCGCGUCAGCCAACACGGUGCCGGUGCCCAGAGAUGUGCCGAUGAUGUCCGUCACCUACGAGUGGGCGCCUCCUGUAGCCAACAAGUAUCUGGCGGCGCGUUACAUCGAGCUGCUCCCCCCAGAGAAGCGUCCGGUGGCCGGCACCGAGGGCGCCGUGUACCGUCGGCAGCAGAUGGCCCGGCAGCUCCCGGAGCAUGACCAGGACCCGUCCAAGUGCCACGAGCUGAGCCCCGCUGAGGUCAAGCAGAUGCAGCAGUUCGUCCGCAAGUACAAGGACGAAGCGCUGGGGGUGGCUGACGUCAUCCUGCCCGAGGAGAUGGCUCUGGUUCGGGCCGGUGUCGGAGCUGGAGGGGCACAUGGUGCCGGAGGGGCAGGGUAUGGACCGGGAGGUGUGGGUGCUGGAGCUGGUAAUGGUUCUGGAGCUGGUCCUGGUUAUGGGCCAGGGGGUGCAGGUCCUGGUGCUGGAGCUGGUUAUGGGCCAGGGGCUGGAGGUCCUGGUGUUGGAGCUGGUUAUGGGUCAGGGGCUGGAGGUCCUGGUGCUGGAGCUGGUUAUGGGCCAGGGGCUGGAGGUCCUGGUGUUGGAGCUGGAGCUGGUUAUGGGUCAGGGCCUGGAGGUCCUGGUGCUGGAGCUGGUUAUGGGCCAGGGGGUGCAUGUCCUGGUGUUGGUGCUGGUUAUGGGCCAGGGGCUGGAGGUCCUGGUGUUGGUGCUGGUUAUGGGCCAGGUGGUGCAUGUCCUGGUGUUGGUGCUGGUUAUGGGCCAGGGGCUGGAGGUCCUGGUGUUGGUGCUGGUUAUGGGCCAGGGGGUGCAGGUCCUGGUGUUGGUGCUGGUUAUGGGCCAGGUGGUGCAUGUCCUGGUGUUGGUGCUGGUUAUGGGCCAGGGGCUGGAGGUCCUGGUGUUGGUGCUGGUUAUGGGCCAGGGGCUGGAGGUCCUGGUGUUGGUGCUGGUUAUGGGCCAGGGGCUGGAGGUCCUGGUGUUGGAGCUGGAGCAGGAGGUAGAGGAGCUGGUGUUCCUGGUGCUGCUGGUGCUGCUGGGGUUCCUGGUUCUGCUGGUUUUGCUGGGGUUGCUGGUGUUCCUUGUGUUGCCGGUAUUGCCGGUGUUCCUGGUUCUGCUGGUGUUCCUGGUUUUGCUGGAGUUGCUGGUGUUCCUGGUGUUGCUGGGGUGGCUGGUGUUGCCUGGGUUCCUGGUUCUGCUGGUGGUGCUGGUGGUGCUGGUGGAGCUGGUGGUGCUGGGCCCGGCUCAGGAGACUCUGCAGGCUUUGGGCCUGCGGGUGGAGCCCUGGGUACCACUGCCACUGCCGGAGCCAUGGGAGUCCCUGGAUCUCAGCAAGCUGGAGUCCCUCAACAGGCCUUCUCGUGCAACCACUGCCAGCAGCCGAUGCGUGUUGGCGAGCCGGCGGUGUACGCUGAGCGCGCCGGCUACGAUAAGAUGUGGCACCCCGGCUGCUUCGUGUGCUGCAACUGCAGCGAGCUGCUGGUGGACAUGAUCUACUUCUGGAAGAAAGGAAAGCUGUACUGCGGACGCCACUACGGAGACAGCGAGAAGCCGCGCUGUGGAGGCUGCGACGAGCUGAUCUUCAGUAAUGAGUACACGCAGGCUGAGGGUCAGAACUGGCAUCUGAAGCACUUCUGCUGCUUCGAGUGCGACUGCAUCCUCGCCGGGGAGACGUAUGUGAUGGAGAACGAUAAGCCCGUGUGCCAGCCGUGCUACAUGAAGAGCUACGCUGUGAAAUGCUCCUCCUGCCAGAACCCGGUGGAGCCCGAGGCCCAGAGGGUUUCCUACGGAGACUUCCACUGGCACGCCGACCCGCAGUGCUUCAAGUGCUCCGGCUGCUCCAAGUGCCUGGUGGGCCAGCGCUUCAUGGCCGUGAAGAACCUCCUCGUCUGCUCCGUGGAGUGCAAGAAGAAAGUCACGGCUUAGAAACGGCCAAAACUAUUCCCUCCAUCUCACACAAAAGAACCAGGUCAGGUUCAGAUGGGACCAGACAAACGGUGCUGCAGCUGCACAUGGGAACAGAUAGUUAUCAUUCAGUGCCUGAUACCUCUGAUUUGGAGGCUUAGAAUAAUAAUAAUGAGUGCGUUCGACAUUACGGUGCUCUGAUCUUUCAGGUAAUGGAAGAUCACAGUGCUGAUGAAACACCCAAAUAUCUUCCUGCCUUUUUUUUUCAACCAAUUCAGCAUAAAAACUUAGAGAAAAUGCAAAGAACACGAAGAUAUUUGAAGCUUAAAACAAAGCUUAUAAAGAAAUAUCUCUCCCUUGAGUUAUCCAAUAACAUUGUUUCUGGUUAAGAAACGUCAUACUUUAUGAUAAACUACGAUAAAUAAGUAUCAAAAUGUAAAAAACUAAAGAUUAUUUCAAGUCUUGUUGCUUUUCUUGCACGGUUCUCUUCCCUAUGAGAUUUAUUUUGUAUCGGUCAGUGGUGACAGCCCAGUCUUCUUAUGUUAAACCUAUGUCUCUAAAUGUGCUGCUCUUAUUGAACCUCCUGUUGAUUUAAUAUGCCACCAUUUGAGCGUUCUUCCUACAAAAUAACUACUGAUACUAACUCUCCUCUAUGCAGUAAUAAGAUGAGCAAUAUUUGCCAGGUUUGCUUCUUGGACACUGUAUUCCAGAUCAAACUGAAAUGAAACAGUCAUGAUGUUUGAUAUUAAACACUUUCUGAAGACGUUUUACUUUGGAAAUAAAACAUUCCAACACUGAUAACAGUCUAUAUUUAAUUGCACAUUAUCCAAUAAGGUGUAUUAAGUUGUGUUUUCUGGUAUUAAAACAAAGUGAAACCCUUCCAUGAUGCACCACCAGUAACCAGUUUGAGGUACAUAGUAUAAAGUAUUGCUUUCCUAACAACGGACAGGUGUAUGAAAGGUAUUUAUAAUUCCGUCCUUCUUGUGUAUGUGGAUAAACAAAGUGCACAGCGAUAUGAUUUAUUGUAAGGAUGUUAGAGUUUUUAUCCAUAACGCAGUUUAAUCCAAAAAUACAGCAAAUAAUAUCCUUGGAAAGCGCAGCAGAAGAUGCGCUGUGUUCAAUUGCAUUAGGUUGUACAGUAGGUGUUGUCAUGGGUAAAUAAAAGCCCAUUUAUUACAAUAUAAAAGUGCAAAAUAAAGGGAAAAGGCUUUGCAAACCAAUCAGAAAUA